GAUCCCCGUUCAAUCCCUGAUUGAAACUCGCCUGAACUUUCAAGUCCCACUUGAGAAAAUCAUCAGAACAAAUGGCGGGAAGCUUUGACAAGCCACUGGUUUCUUGUCUUCAUUGAGGCCAUUAGAGUGUAAGUGGUUAGUGUGGCCCACAAGAAUGGCCACUAACCACUGAGUCGUUAGUGGCCCUCAGUGAAGAAGUUAAUAGAGCCAACAGAGGUUUCGCAAAAUGCAUCGGGUUUCGUACUAUGCCAUAAUAGGGCCAGAUGGGGAUGAUCCCACUGUUACGAAGCUACCAGUGCAUAACAUUGAUCCACAUCUCUGUACACACAUUAUAAUUGCAUUUGCAAGGGUUGUGAAUAAUGUAAUUGUGCCUGGCUGUGCAACAGAUAUUGAGGUUUACAAGGAAGUGGUUGCUCUUAAAAAAAAGAACCCUAAAUUGAAGGUGCUUUUGUCCGUUGGGGGAUCAUCACCGGACCCAGGCUUCCCAAACCUGGUACGAGACCCAUCUGCCAUUGCUUCAUUUGCUAUCCAAGCACGAGAAUUUUUAGUGGAGCACAAUUUGGAUGGUCUGGAUCUAGACUGGGAAUUCCCUGCAUGGCCUGUGUGUAAACAUGAUUAUCGUGAGAAGAUUUGGUUCACGCGACUUGUUUACCAACUGAAUUUUGAAUUAAAGGUUAGAGCAUCAACGCCUUUCCUCCUGACCAUUGCUGUUGCUGGUCCAAAAACCAUCAUUGAUAGAUCCUAUGAGGUUGACCAGCUUGCUCAGUAUGUUGACUUUGUCUCUCUCAUGGGUUACGACUACCGCAUAUUUUGGCCAUACUUGCCUUUCACAGGUCAUAAUGCUCCGUUAGCCAAGAGAAGAAAUGAGUGGUGCUAUUUUGCUACGCUAAACAUCCAGUGGUCAGCAAACUACUGGGUGAAGAAAGGAAUGCCAAAAGAGAAAUUGGUUGUCGGAGUGCCAACUUAUGGACGCACUUGGAAGCUGCUUAGAAGCUCUUGGCACAGUGUUGGGUCACCAGCUGUUGGCAGUGGAAUGCUGAAUGGAGCUGUGACCUAUCCACUUGCCUUCUCCUUUGUCCGUGAUGGAGCCGAGCGGUACUUCGAUGAAGAAAGUAGGGUUCCAUAUGCGGUGAAGGACAAAGACUGGGUGUCUUAUGAGGAUUCUGAGAGCAUCAGGGAAAAGGCUCUGUGGAUAAAAAAGUCUGAAUUUGCUGGAGUUAUGAUCUGGAACCUGAAUUCUGAUGACUGGGCUGGAACCUGCAGAGGAAAGAAGUUUGAACUGCACAAUAUUAUCAAGGCUGUUCUCAAUAACAAAACAAUUAACAAUGCAGAGUAGUCUAUUUAGCUUCAGAAAUUGGUUAGUAGCAGGGCAUAGUGUCACAAAGUUAUAUGUCUAUUUAGCUUCAGAAGUUGGUUAGUAGCAGGGCAUAGUGUCACAAAGUUAUCUGUCUAUUUAGCUCCAGAAGUUGGUUAGUAGCAGGGCAUAGUGUCACAAAGUUAUAUGUCUAUUUAGCUUCAGAAGUUGGUUAGUAGCAGGGCAUAGUGUCACAAAGUUAUAUGUCUAUUUAGCUCCAGAAGUUGGUUAGUAGCAGGGCAUAGUGUCACAAAGUUAUCUGUCUAUUUAGCUUCAGAAGUUGGUUAGUAGCAGGGCAUAGUGUCACAAAGUUAUCUGUCUAUUUAGCUUCAGAAGUUGGUUAGUAGCAGGGCAUAGUGUCACAAAGUUAUAUGUCUAUUUAGCUUUAGAAGUUGGUUAGUAGCAGGGCAUAGUGUCACAAAGGAAUCUAUUUAGCUCCAGAAGUUGGUUAGAAGCAGGACAGUGUUGCAAAGUUAAAAUUUUAUUGUAUUGUUAUAAUCUCUACAGUGCCCUUACAAACACUUGUAUGUGUUCUUAAUGUGAUAACUACUGUACAAAUAUGUAUAUUAAAUAAGGAAAGUUUAGAACUUCAUAUUUAUCUGUUGUAAAGUAGAACAUCAUUGUUACACAGAAUUUAACAUUCCAAUUACUGUAGUCAUUUCCACUAUAUCUGAAAUGCACAGAACCGAGGAGAUUUCAGAUACUUUGGUAAUUCUGAGAGUUUAGCAUGGCCAUUCUGGAGACUUUGAGUUCUGUACUGUGCUCCCAUCAUAAUUACAUUUAUUGUAUCACCUGUAAAUAAGACAAGUUCAAAAUUAGAAUUAAGUGACUGGAGAGUAGCGUUUUAUGUGGAAGUGUAGAACUAUACACAUUGUAGGGUAAUACAGUAGUACUGUAUUGUAAGUGAUCCAAAUAUAUAUAUAUAUAUAUAUACGGUAUACUGUAAUAUAAAUGUAGUACUCUAUGUGCUAUAUUGUAAAAAGUAGUGUACUGUAUUGUAAAUUUAUAUUUGUAUCGAGAUGCCUGGCAUCAGGAAACAAGGUAUUUUUGUUUUAGACAUAAAUGGUUUUCAUUGUGACUAAAAUUACUGCACAAGUAGUUGAGUUUUAAUGUUCCUAUAUAAGUAUACAGGUAUACUAUAUUGGAAAUGUAGAACUAUAUACCAUAUAUUUUUAUUGUAAUACAGUAUUGUAUUGUAACUAUAUACUGUACUUUAUUGUAAUACUGUAUAAUACUGUAUUGUGAGUAUAGAUAACAUCUAUGUGCAAUAUACUGUAAUGUAUUACAGUACUGUAUGGUAAGUGUAGAACUAUAUACAGUAUAUUGUGGUACUCACCUAGUUGUAGUGUAAUACAAUACUAGCUCUGUAUUGUAAAUACAGAACUAUAUUGCAGUGUAAUACAGUACUGUUCUGUUGUAUUGCAUUUGGCAAGCUUUCCUUAUAUUUGGAAAGUAUUUCAAUGUUAUUAAUAUUUUCACUGGAAAACAUUCAAUAUUCUAAUAUCCCUAAUGGGGUGAGAAUAGCUUGAGCUACCUCAUCCCUUUGUGUGUAUUUUACCUCAAUAAACUUAUUUCAAUUUCAAUUCAAUAUUCUUUUAAUUAGUGGAAAAAUUGUAAUGUAAUGUCCUCAAUCUUUGACGGCGUUGGGUACAUUUAUUAAACAGUUUACAAGCAUGAAAAUUUCUCAAUCAAUUGUUGUUAUUGUUAUAAACAGCCUCCUGGUGCUUCAGAGCUCAUUAACUGUUUAAUAAUUAUAAACAGAGCUGCCAAAGAUUGAGAAAAGAUGUACAGGUUCGUAAGUGUUUCGUGAAUCUUGCCCCUGGUAUGUUAAUAAGAUUUGUAGUCAUCAUUUAUUAUAUAAAAGAUUGUAAUAAUGAGUAUAAUAAAGAGCAUUUUCCACAGUA